AACGCUGGGCAGGCAAUGGCGGCGCCCGUGCUGCGGUGGUGUUGUCCUGGAAGGCUUUGGGCUUUUGCGGGGAUUGGCGGCGGUUCUCGCCAUGGAAGAGGGGUUCCAGCUGGGUCCACGUCCAGCGGGAAAAGGGAACAGAGCUCAGUGGCUCAGCAGCCCCUCAUCACAGCCCAGAAGCCGAGGAAAGGUGAACGUGAAUGGGCAGCUGUGGUAGGUUUGGAAAUUCAUGCCCAGAUUGCCUCCAACUCCAAACUCUUCUCUGGAUCUCAGGUCCACUUUGCAGCACCUCCCAAUUCUUUGGUGUCUUUUUUUGAUGCAUCUCUGCCUGGAACUUUGCCGGUCCUCAACAGACAGUGUGUGGAAGCAGCCGUGAUGACCGGCCUGGCCCUGGACUGUCACAUCAACAGGAAGUCCUUGUUUGACCGGAAGCACUACUUCUACGCAGACCUCCCUGCCGGCUACCAGAUUACCCAGCAGAGGCUGCCGAUCGCUGUGAAUGGGAGCUUGGCGUACAGCGUCUAUGUGGGGAGGAAGUGGAGUCAGAUGGUCACCAGGACAGUGGGGGUGAAGCAGAUCCAGCUGGAGCAGGACAGCGGCAAAAGCCUUCACGACACCUUGCGGUCCCAGACGCUCAUUGAUUUGAACAGGGCGGGGGUCGGCCUUCUGGAAGUGGUCCUGGAGCCCGACAUGUCCUGUGGAGAAGAGGCGGCCGCAGCCGUCAGGGAGCUGCAGCUGAUUCUUCAGGCCUUGGGGACCAGCCAGGCGAACAUGGCAGAGGGCCAGUUGAGAGUGGACGCCAAUAUAUCUGUGCAUCACCCCGGGGAACCUUUGGGCAUUCGAACCGAAGUGAAGAAUCUCAACAGUGCCAGGUUUUUGGCCAAAGCUAUAGACUAUGAAAUUCAGAGGCAAAUCAAUGAACUUGAGAAUGGAGGUGAAAUUCUGAAUGAAACUCGCUCAUUUGAUUGCAAGCUGGGGUGCACCGUGCCGAUGAGAGACAAAGAAAGAAAACAAGACUACAGGUUCAUGCCAGAGCCCAACCUGCCCCCGCUGCUGCUCUACGACUCGGGGUCUCUGCCCGCCGGCGCAGACCCACAGCAGGUGAUCAACAUCGACCAGAUCCGGGAGCGGCUCCCAGAGCUGCCGCGGGUGACCCGGGAGAGGCUGAUGCGACAGUACGGGAUGCUGCCGGAGCACAGCUUCGCCUUGCUGAAUGAAGUUGGCCUACUGGAGUUCUUCCAGAAUGUGAUAAAAGAAACUAGGGCAGAGCCAAAAAAAGUGACUAGUUGGGUCCUCAACACUUUUCUGGGCUUUUUAAAGCAACAGAACCUUGCUGUCAGUGAGAGUCCCAUCACACCCUCUGCCCUGGCUGAGCUGCUCGACCUGCUGGACAGGAAAGCCAUCUCUUCAUCCGCAGCUAAACAGGUGUUUGAGGAACUGUGGAGGAGUCAAGGCAAGACCCCGGCGCAGAUCGUUGCGGAAAAGCAGCUGGAGCUGAUGCAGGAUGCAGAGGCGCUGGAGCAGCUCUGCCGCUGCACGCUGCAGGCACAUCCUCAAGUGGUCAUGGAUCUAAAGAAGGGAAACCCCAGAGCUAUAAACAAACUCAUUGGGUUGGUCCGAAAAGCGACCCACAGCCGAGCUGACCCGACCGUGAUCAGGAAGGUGCUGGAGACGCAGCUGUCAUCAUGAUGGGUCCGG